UUUCUGACUUCCCGUACAUGUGGACUCGCAGGUCGCAUAUUCCAGCUUUUUAGAGUGACGUCUUUUGUGAGUGACGUUGAGAAAACGCGCCGGAGCUCACCAUGCCCAAGUUUUAUUGCGACUAUUGUGACACGUACCUGACACAUGAUUCUCCUUCUGUAAGAAAAACGCACUGCAGUGGUCGCAAGCACAAAGAAAAUGUGAAGGACUACUAUCAGAAGUGGAUGGAAGAGCAGGCCCAAAACCUGAUUGACAAAACAACGGCUGCGUUCCAGCAGGGCAAGAUUCCACCUUCGCCAUUCCCUGGAGCUCCGCCCCCUGGCAGUGCCUUGAUUCCUCCUCCUCCCAGCCUUGGUCCUCCUCGGCCUAGUAUGAUACCAGGACCUCCAAUGGCAGGCCCUCCAAUGGUGCCAAUGAUGGGACCACCACCACCAGGAAUGAUGCCAGUUGGACCAGGUCCUGGAAUGAGACCACCUAUGGGUGGUCAUAUGCCAAUGAUGCCAGGCCCUCCCAUGAUGAGACCUCCUUCCAGGCCAAUGAUGAUGCCACUCCGACCAGGAAUGUCUCGGCCAGAAAGAUAGUUUUCCAAGGAUUAUGCAUUAAUGCAGUGUUGCUGGCUUGUAAUGCCCUUUUCAGUGAACUGCGUUUGUUUGGGUUUUGCCAAAACAUAGGCCAAUGUUUCAUCCUCAAGUUCAGAUUGAAGAUUGUUUGCUUUAACGAGUUUCUGCAGAACUGCACCACUACUCUUGACAUCCAUUGUAAUUGUCAUUUGUGUAAGACUUUAAGUGGGGUUUGGUUCCCAGUAUUUGGCAGUCCGUUGCAAAAUUCGCAGUUCUUCCCCAUUUUAUUUCUUUGCUUCUGGCUGGGUUGGGUGGAGCCAUGUUUAUCUUGUUUGACACAUCUGCCAUAAUGGAUGGUACAAGGGACAGCAUCUGUCAAUGCUUUCCGUGCACUAAAAUGGAAUGGAGUGUUCACAGGUAGUGCUUCCUGGUUGCCAGCACCAUAGCAGUCAGCGGAGAAGCUGGUAUCCAAGUUACUAAUGCAGUUAAGUUUUCCAUUGUGUAUGUUAAGGUAAUAACAUACAAUAUUUGUGUAAACAUGGGUGUUUACAGUAUUUUCAGAUUUUCUCAACACACUUGGAGGUAAAUUCAGAGGAGCAUAACUGUUGACUUAUUCAAACUGUUUUGAGAUGCACUGAAGUAGGAUACACAUGUUUUCUUUCUGUACUGUUUCCACAUUCUCUUUACAUGAAAAAUAUUCCCCAUAUGCUUUUAAUUUUUGGCCCGUGAGGUUUGUCUACCGCAUAAAAACUGAAAAUUAUCCAUGUUAUAGUACUUUCUGCAAAACUAGUUUAAACAGUGUAAUUUGUAGUGAAAUGUAAUGUUUAAAACCGUUUGAAAUUCUGACUUUAAAAAGUUGGAUGCACCCAUGUCCCCCAAGUUGAUUUGCAUCUUUUGUGGCAUUACUUGGAUUUUAUCUCUAUGCUGGCAAACUAUUUAACCUUAUGUACUGUAUUUUGACAGUUAGAUAAACUGUUAAGGUUUUUAAUAAAUAGUUACAAACA